GAGCCGCGUGAGCUCCGCAAGCGAGCGCUUCGGCAGAGCCCGCGGCUUGUGGGCAGAUGUGGUGAGUACGAUCAGGAACGUGAGCCGUGAGGCCCACUUGUGGGCAAGUCGAGAUGAGUUCCUCAAGUUCUGCCGGUGGUUGCCAGCGCUGCCCGCCGCAAUGCUCUGCCACGCGCGGCAGACGGACAUGCCCGAGCUGGCUGAGAUGCUUCGUGCAUCAAGAGGGCCCAGAGUCCUGCAGGCGUCUGAUGACGAGGGCUUGAGCGACCGGGACAUUGAUGAGGUGAUGAGCAGGCCUGUUGGCAUGUCUCCACCACGCUUUGUGUACCUCAGGAUCAUGGCCCUGUCGUCUCAACUGGACAUCCCGAAGCCACAAAAGGCUGCUCUGGAGGGCGAGCUGUCCAGGCUCUCCGACGCCCUGAACGCUUGUGAAUGGGCCUCUGAAGAGGUUCCAGAGCCGUACGCCAAGCAGACCGCAGGCCUCUUGUUCCUUUGGCUGGCACUUCUCCCGCUUGCUCUGCCCAGCGAGCUGGGCGUGGGUGCUGUGCUGAGCCAGCAGCUCGUUGCCUUCGGCUUGCUGGGUAUCGAAGACGUGGGCAUCCAGCUGGAGGAGCCUUUCAAAGUGCUGCCCCUGGAAGCUCCUUGCGGGAAGAUUGCAGCCGAGUGCCAGGCCCUGCGAGUCAGCUGGCGCAGGAUGCGGAAAGGCUCCGAGAUCAGAAGGACCAAGGCCAUUCCCGAGUCCGACCGGGUAUUUCCGUGCUACGGCAAGGAGAACAGGCGAAAGCCCCGCGGUGAUGAGGAGGUGAUCAGGCUCUGA